AUGCCUUUCUACACCGUCGCCUUCCGCUGGUCCGAGCAUGCACAUAGCAGUUGGAGCGGAUCUAACAAUGGACGUGAUAUCCGGCACCUUAUCAUAACACCAGAUCGGUCGACUGUAGACCAGUUUUUCCGGCUUCUACAAGAAACCAAAGAUUGGGGGAGCAAAGCCAAGGUCGACAGCCUGAUCCAUCACUCCCCUCAGAUGUUUACCUGGUGUGGUGAUGACAACGAGUCCCUCACCUGGGCCAUUGAUUACUUGAAUGAGGGACGUGCAUCCAUCUCUAGCAAGCAGGAGGCCAAGAACAUCCAAGGGAAGGUUCAUUACAAAAAACUGUUUCAAUGGAAUGAAUCUUAUUCUCCUUUCCCAAUUUUGCCGCACCUCGAUUUGACCGACCACAUUGAAGGUAAAACCUUCUGCAUUCGCAACAAGCGCGUGCCCGAGCGGUUUUGGGCCUUGGACAACCGCGACAACAGUCCCAUCGUAUCAUCCACAACCCAUCGAGCCAAGUUUCGAAUUCAGAUCAAAGGAAGAGAAAGAAAGAACGAGCUCCUCAUGGUGAACUCGGACUACAUCCAUAUUAUUCCUUUGCCUGAAGAGAACAAAAGAGGUGUCUUCUUCAAGGAGUCCAUGGAUGAGGAGUGGCUGCACUACAAAGGUACUCCAUCUCAGAAACUUGAGAUGACUCUGGACGAUUUGCUGAAUGGGAAAAUUGCUGUGAAUGUGUCUUAUCCGGGUGGGGAGGAUAAAGACCCUGUUUAUUUUCUUCGGGUUGUGGAUCGUGACAGUGAAAGUGGCGAACAGUGGGAGCUUUGCUAG